ACCCUUCCAGACUUGUUGCGGUGCAUCACUUUCUCUCCUUUCCACUUCAUGAACCACAUCAUCGUGCUGGCUGGCUUCUGCUGGUCUCUCUCUCCCUGUCCUGCUGGCUGCCUGGUUUCCGGAUGGAUUUAUCAAACUCCUUCGAGCUGUUGCUUUUCUUCCAUGUAGUAAUUUGCAGCCCUGGGCCGUUGGUGGAUGUUGUUGUGGAUCGCUACGACAUUCCCAAAGUUUGUCCCCGAGAAGUGCGAACAGAAGAUUUUAUUCGUUAUCACUUUAACGGUACCUUCUAUGACGACGGGAAGAAGUUUGACUCCAGUCAUGACCGAGGCAAAGCCUUCAUCAGCCAGGUAGGACUGGGCAGACUCAUCACAGGGAUGGACCGGGGUCUUCAGGGCAUGUGUGUCAAUGAGCGCAGGAGGAUCACAGUCCCUCCACACCUGGCAUAUGGAAGCAUCGGAACAGGUGGAAUAAUUCCUCCAGACGCUGUCCUGGUGUAUGAUGUCCUCCUACUGGACAUAUGGAGCACAGAGGACAAAGUCCAGAUCCGCACGCUCAGCAAGCCAGCAGGCUGCAGUCGCACCACAGCAGCAACAGAUUUUGUCCGUUACCACUAUAAUGGCUCCCUGCUGUCUGGUGAAGCCUUUGAUUCCAGUUAUUCAAAAAAUACAACCUAUGAUACCUACCUGGGACAAGGCGACCUCAUCAAAGGCUUGGAUGAGGGUCUUCUGGCAAUGUGUGUUGGAGAGAGACGGAUCGUUAUCAUCCCACCCUUCCUGGCAUAUGGAGAGAACGGCCAUGGAGCCACUGUCCCCCCUCAGGCCACACUGGUGUUCGAGGUGCUGAUGGUUGAUGUUUUUAACCCUAAAGAUGAUCUGAUUGUUGAGGUGAAGGAGGUGCCUAAAGGCUGCACUCGUAGGACGGUGACUGGAGAUUACAUCCGCUACCACUACAACGGGACCUUCCAGGAUGGCACAGCCUUCGAUUCGAGCUAUCAGCGAAACAGCACCUAUAACACGUAUGUUGGCAUGGGAUAUGUGAUUAGAGGGAUGGACAAAGCUCUGCAGGGCUUGUGCAUUGGAGAGAAAAGGAGGAUCACAAUUCCUCCUCAUUUGGCUUAUGGUGAAGAAGGAGUUGGAGACCUCAUUCCUGGCUCUGCUGUGCUGGUCUUUGACAUUUACGUCAUUGACUUCCACAAUCCCAAAGAUGCAGUCGAGAUUAAAGUCACCCAAAGACCUCAGGAAUGUAAUAUGACCAGUGAAGCUGACGAUUUGCUUCAGUAUCGCUACAACUGCUCCUUGAUGGAUGGGACCCUCCUGUACUCCUCGGACCAAUUUGAUUCACCCUCAAUCACAACUCUAGGAGCCAGUAAGGUGAUCUUGGGUCUAGAAGAAGGUUUGGGGGGCAUGUGUGUGGGUGAGAGGAGAGAAGUGGUCAUUCCUCCCCACUUGGCACAUGGUGAAAAUGGAGCUGGAGCAGUUCCCAGGAGUGCUGUGCUCUUCUUUGAACUGGAGUUGGUGGAGUUGCAGAAAGGUGUGCCUGAAGGUUACAUGUUUGUGUGGCUUGGAGACGCCCCCGACCCUCUCUUUGUUGCUAUGGACCUCAAUGGAGACAAAGAGGUCCCUCUAGAGGAGUUUUCUAACUUUAUAAGGCUUCAAGUUAAAGGAGGUAAAGGUCGACUUCGGCCAGGGGUCGAUGCUGAGAGCAUUAUUAAGGACAUGUUUGAUCACCAGGACCAGAACAGAGAUGGAAGGAUUGUGGAAGAUGAACUGAAAGUAAAGGUGGAGGAGGACUCUAAACAAAUGAGACGAGAUGAGUUAUGAAGGAAAUGUAUGUUUACAUGAGAAUGAACGGGCAAACACAUGUUGUAGUUAUGUUGCCAUUCUGGCAACUGUCUUGGUAUUAUUCUGAAAAUGUUUCAGAAGUUGUUGAGCCUUUUUUAAGGUUGGUGCUGAAUUCAACACCAUUUCACAUCUACAGACACAUUACAGGGAGAGCAUGUUUUCUAUAAAUCAUUAAACAUGUCUUUUUUGUUUAAAUCUAUGCAGUUAUUUCAGUUUUGCUUGUGGGAAAUGUGAAAAUGGCAAGAAUGGAAAAUCCACAUGCAGUAAACAGUAAAUGGAAGCAUCCGUUUUCAUCAUGGUACGAGUAUAUGCCGAACAGGAAGUUUCCACAAUCAUAUAAAAUAACAUUGCAAAGCAUUUGGGCUUCAGCUUCCUUAAUGAUCCAUCUAUAAAAAAGCCAAAUGACUGCUUAAGGUAGUCCAUGUUUUGCCUCUAAACUUCCUAAAAACCACUGGUUGUAAAGUAUGUUCUAUUUCAGAAAAAGAUGUAAUUCUUUGUGAUGAAACAAACUUUUAUAAUAAAAAGUAAUAAAACCUC